AUGUUGCCUUCUUCUGGCAAAUCAAAGAAACAUGGCAAGCUCAGGCUCUCCAGACGCGUGUCUGAUGAGCAUCGUCAAUAUACUGGCACCACUAUAAAUAAAAUACCCAUACUAGAAGAUGACGAGAAUGACGAUGCUAAUCUGGGGCCGCGCUUUCCAACGUUCAGCAGUCCGCCUGUUGAUUCUCCUGCGGUGAUCUCCCCAGGGUCCGAAGAGCAUGGAACCGAUGACCUCAGAAAGGAGAUAGACGACGAUUUUGACGAUGAUUUCUACAGAGACGAGUACGACGUGGGCUCGCCCACUCCUGCAACCAAAAGCAAGCCUGCACCCGCGAUCGAAGUCGACGACGAGUCCUCAGAGGACGUUUCCACGGACGAAAUGGACGACACACGUUCUAAUGAGGACGGUUCUGUCGCUAGCGUGCAUUCUGACGAGUCUAGAGACUCUUUCAAGACACGGCUGAAACGGCAUUUCACAACCAACAGAGGCGAGAGACCUUCAGACGAGGGGUCUCCCCGCAAGAAGCGGAGCGAGACCAUUGUCUCGCGUAUUUUUGGGCACACGCCUCAAAUGGGUGGCCUCACGCCCGGAGCAAGCAAAUCAUCACAGGAACGAAACACCGACGAGGAGGAGAAAAUCGAAAACGACAUACCUCUCAAGACAUUCGACACAGACCAGCUGCAGUUUGAGGCCAACGGGCUGGUCGAUCAGCAUUUCAAGGAGACGAACGCUGGAUAUCUAUCGUCUGCCUCGACCUUGCAUCCGAAUUCCAGCAGUCUAUUUAUGGCCCCAAAUCCUGAGGCCACCGUUGGCGACUUUGAUGAUCUCAACAACAACGACUACGUCUUGUUUGACUCUGUUGAGUCCUUGGUGGACCGUCCGAAAAGAGUGAGGAAAGGCGUUGUCUCGAGUCUUUUGGCAUUGUACAAUCCACAGAACCAACCGCACUACCCUGCGUCUGAGAAUUCCGGGACACAGACUCCCAGAAGCGACUACUCGGACGUCGAGACUGCCAUGAGUCCCGACGCUCUGGACCACAAAUUGCGGCUCAUUUCUACCAACGACAGCUACAACAUGGACAAUGCGUCGCUCAACUCUGUGCCGGAGCUGGGUGCCAGACGGACCAGCUCGAGAGACCCGUCGGUAUACAAGCACAAAAAGCGGUCGAGAUCGGCCUCGUCAUUGAGCCACAUGUUCAAGACCAAUAAGAAGGAUGAGCCAAAAACCAAGCCCAGACCAGAAGACAAGUUUGAGCUGCCCUCGUUCGCCAAACCGAAAAACGCAGACAAAAAACACGCCAAGUUCAUUCCGCGGUUUGACGAGAUGUCCAAGUCCAACAGACGCAAGAAGAUCAGACGGAAGUUCAAGAGCGAGCAGAGAGCUCGCAUCACCGUGCACAUUGCCGAUGUGUUGCAACGCCAGCGGUUCAUUCUCACGUUGUGCAAAGCGUUCAUGCUUUACGGAGCGCCUACGCAUAGACUGGAGGAGUACAUGUCGAUGACAGCCCGUGUUCUAGAGAUUGACGGCUCGUUCAUCUACUUUCCAGGAUGCAUGAUUGCUUCCUUUGGCGACGCUGCUACUCACACCUCGGACAUGAAACUGGUGCGGUGUGCUCAGGGUCUGGACCUGGGGAAGCUCGACGAGACUCACGACAUCUACAAAGCUGUUGUCCACGACCGGAUGGGCGUGGAGGAGGCCAGCGGGAAGCUGGACGAGAUUUUGUCGCGCAAGCCCCGUUUCAACCACUGGUACUGUGUGCUCUUGUACGGCUUUUCGUCGGCCAUGGUCACGCCGUGGGGCUUUGGCGGCAACUGGAUUGACAUGCCGAUCUCGUUUGGGAUCGGGCUGGUCAUUGGGUUCCUCCAGUUUGUGAUUUCUCCGCGCUCGGUUCUGUACUCCUCGGUGUUUGAGAUCAGCUCCUGCGUGGUGGCCAGCUUCAUUGGCCGGGCCAUAGGCUCGAUCAACGAGGGCAACACGUUUUGCUUUGCUGCCAUUGUGCAGGGCUCGCUCGCGCUGAUUUUGCCCGGCUACAUUAUUCUGUGCGGGUCGCUCGAGCUGCAGAGCAGAAACCUGGUGGCUGGAAGCGUGCGCAUGUUUUACGCAUUUAUUUAUUCGUUGAUGCUUUCCUUUGGAAUCACCCUGGGUGCCGCGCUGUACGGAUGGAUCGACCACAACGCCACUUCGUCAACUACGUGUACGUCAAACGUGCCGGCUGCGUGGAGAAUCCUGCUGGUGCCGAUGUUCACCAUCGGUCUUGCGCUCAUCAACCAGUCCUCGUGGACACAGCUGCCGGUGAUGAUCGCCAUCUCGGGCGCAGGGUACGUGGUCACAUAUUAUUCGGGUUUACACUUCAAGCUGAACACAGAAUUCAAUGCUACACUCGGCUGCUUCGUGAUCGGACUGAUCAGCAACGCCUACACAAGAUUGCUCAAGUCUUUCAACAAGGUUUUCUCCAAGGGAUCGUUCAUGACCGUCUCGAUCAUGUUGCCGGCCGUCUUCGUCCAGGUUCCGUCGGGUAUUGCGUCGCAAGGCUCGCUGAUGGUCGGAGUGGAGAGCGCAGACAACCUGGUCAACAACAAGACGUCGACGUCGAGCACCAACUCUCUCUCGAGCUUGAGUUUCGGAAUGGUGAUGAUCCAGGUUGCGCUGGGCAUUAGCGUCGGCCUCUUUAUGGCCGCGCUCGUGGUGUAUCCGCUGGGCAAGAAACGGACAGGAUUAUUUACUCUCUAG